CGGAGCUCGGUCUCUCCCCAGCAAGUUCUCAGCCGCUCCCGGUUCAGACCCAACCAGGGAGCCGCGAGCGGGGCUCACCAUCCCCCGAAGGGCAGCACUCCGGGGCAGUCGAGCGCUCCCGCGCGUGUCGGGCGCUCCGAGUCCCCGCAGCCGGAGAGGGGCCAGGACUCUAGAGCUCCGGGGGUGCCUGUGGAAUCCAGCGCCUCUGGCUUCCCGGGUCCCCCGCAGCAGAGCCCCAGAGACUUCCCCAGCCCGGGACCGCCGAGGAACAAGAUUGAGAUCAAGAACCCACUGCAACUACCACAAUGGGCAGCAAAACCUUGCCAGCGCCGGUGCCCAUUCACCCAUCCCUGCAGCUCACCAACUACUCCUUCCUUCAGGCAGUGAAUGGCCUGCCCACGGUGCCCUCGGACCACCUGCCCAACCUGUAUGGUUUCAGUGCCUUGCACGCCGUGCACCUGCACCAGUGGACGCUGGGCUACCCCGCCAUGCACUUGCCGCGCUCCUCUUUCUCCAAAGUGCCGGGCGCCGUGUCCAGCCUGGUGGACACGCGCUUCCCACUGCCUGCCUUUCCCUGGUUUCCUCAUGUAAUCCAGCCUAAGCCUGAGAUCACCGUUGGAGGCAGCGGCCCCUCCGCACUCAAGACCAAGCCACGCUUUGAUUUUGCCAACCUGGCUUUGGCUGCCACGCAGGAAGAUCCAUCCAAGCUUGCCCGGGGGGAGGGUCCUGGGUCCCCCGCUGGUGGGCUGGGUGCUCUCCUGGAUGUAACCAAGCUGUCCCCAGAAAAGAAGCCCACAAGGGGACGCCUGCCUUCCAAGACCAAGAAGGAGUUCGUCUGCAAGUUCUGUGGCCGCCACUUCACCAAGUCCUACAACCUCCUUAUCCAUGAGCGGACACACACCGAUGAGCGGCCCUAUACCUGUGACAUCUGCCACAAAGCCUUCCGGAGGCAAGACCACUUACGGGACCACAGAUAUAUUCACUCCAAAGAGAAGCCUUUCAAGUGUCAGGAGUGUGGGAAAGGAUUCUGCCAGUCCAGGACUCUCGCUGUCCACAAGACGCUACACUCACAGGUGAAGGAGCUCAAAACCUCCAAGAUCAAAUGCUAAAGAGAGCCUCCGGGUCACCAGCACCCUGGGUCACGCUGCCCCUUCCUCCAGAGGGACCUGAAGCCGAAGGCGACUCCGGCGGGCAGCGGGAGGGGUUCCCGGGACCUUUCCCUAUCCCAAACUUGUCCCCUGGGUCCCGGGCGCACGCGGAACUCGAGAGCCCCGCCCCGAGCCGUGACCCCAGCCACCCGGGCGGCUCCCCCAGGACGCGGCUAAAGUCUUGGCCAAAAGGCGGUACUCACGUGGCGGAAGGGAAACUGCAUUUAAAAAAAGAAGGAACGCUCCGCGGAGCCGCAGCGGCGCCUCUCCCAGAAGUAUUACUUUUUCUAUUGUUAUUUUAUACGUUUUCUUUAUUAUUUUUUUUCUUUGACUAUAUAAGCUUGUAACUCUGCCUGCGGAGAGAGAGGGGAGAGGGAAAGAAGUUCUGCGCGUUCGCAGCUUUCACCCCCUCCUCCCGUCCCCAUCCCCACCCCCGGGAGCCUGCAAAAGUG